AUUUAAAUAAGUUAUCUGGAACUGAUUCAAUUGGGAUGUUUCUAUUUGAUUUUGAAGAAAAAAUAUCAAUGGAAAAAAUAGUUAAUAUUGUUAGGGAAACAGACUCAAAUGAAGUCGAAGAAAAUAUCGCUGAAGAAAAAGUUAGCACUGAUAAUGCUUUAGAAAGUGUUGGUAAAGUUCUAAAUUUUAUUCAACAAAAUUAUUUGAGCGUAAAUUCACAAUUAUUUAGAAAUCUUCAUACAAAGUAA